AUGAAUGGAACAGCUAUUGCCAAUGGUAAUGGAUCUGUUGGGGUAACUCCGGCAUCAUCCCAAGUACAAUUACAACCUGAUUCAGCAAAUUUAAUAACUCAGUCAAAUGGUACUGUUGUGCCUAAGAAUAAGGACGAAUUAAACGAAUUACUUGGUAAGUACUAUAAAUUACUUUUCGAUUCGAACAAAUUGAAAAAAGAAUUUGAAAAAUCAGAGGAUAAACUGGAGGGUAAAUUUGAAGAUGUAAAUGCCCAACCCAAAUUUGAUAUAGAACUGGUUUUGGCUCAGGUUAAUAAAGAGCAUGAAGAGUAUAUCAAAGAUGAAACUGAGUUUAUGCAAGAAUUAUUUUCUGAUGACUCGAGAAAAACCAUCAAAACUGAAGAAUUCGACAAUGAAUUAUUUGAAAAACAAGUAGCUGGAUUAUUGUUAUUGUCCAAAGAUUACGAUUUGCCAGAAAAAUUUCAAAAAGAAUUUACUACCAAAAGUGAUCAAACCAAGAAAGACGAUUUAGUGAAUGAAAUUUUGGAAAAAUUAACUGAAUUGGAGACAGAUUUUGAAACAAGAGCUCAAAGUCUCGGGAUUAAGGUACCGUCACCAAGAACUGACAAAGAUCCUUUACAUUCAUCAUUAGGUACAAUCCAUGCCGAGAAAAUCAUAAGUAACAAAAUUUCUCAAAGAUUAAAAGAAUUGGAAAACUUACCAGCUAACAUUGGAACAUUUGGUAAUACUGAUGGAAUUGAUAAGUUCAAAAUCCAAGCUUUAAUAGAACUUAAGGCACUUAGAUUAUUAGGGAAACAGAAAUUGUUGAGACACAAUAUUUUGGUUCAUGAAGCCCAACAAGUGAAAUAUGUUGAUCCUAAUUUAAAGUCGCUCCCAUUAGCAUUACUGGAAAAGAGAUCUUUUAAUGUGAGACCAAAAAUAGAACAACGAAACCCUCAAUUAUUGGCCGUGCAACUAGAGGAAUUGAAAAAACUAGAGGCUAGAGAAGCCAAACGUAAACAACACAUUGAAAAAGUUGAACUAGUGGUGGAAAAAUCGACAAGUCGUAGUGAAGCCAAGUAUAUAAGGGACCAUUAUCGAUCUCAUUAUUUGGUCAAACAGAUCAACAACUUUCACCAAACAACAGAAAAAGAGGAAAGCAAGAAAUUGGAAAGAACUGCCAAACAAAGAUUACAAGCUUUGCGAUCCAAUGAUGAAGAAGCUUAUCUUAAAUUGUUGGAUAAAACAAAAGAUCAUAGAAUUACUCAUCUUUUGAAACAAACAAACCAAUUUUUGGAUUCAUUAACUGAGAAAGUUAGGGCCCAACAAGAGGAAGCUAGCGGUAGUUCUAUGGGUACUCCAAGACAUGGAAGUCCAGAAGUUACUACUGUGGAUAAUAAAUCCGACGACAAGGCAGAAUUACGUGAAAAAACCGAUUAUUAUGAAGUGGCUCAUAGAAUUAAAGAAAAGAUUGAAGAACAACCAACUAUUUUAGUUGGUGGUAAAUUGAAAGAAUAUCAAAUGAAAGGUUUGGAAUGGAUGGUUUCAUUAUAUAAUAAUCACCUUAAUGGUAUUUUAGCCGAUGAGAUGGGGUUGGGUAAAACUAUUCAAUCAAUUUCAUUGGUUACAUAUCUUAUUGAAAAGAAACAUGAAAAUAAAUUUUUAAUUAUUGUCCCACUUUCAACAAUAACCAAUUGGACAUUAGAAUUUGAAAAAUGGGCACCAUCAGUUAAAGUGAUUGUGUAUAAAGGGUCACCACAACAAAGAAGAUCAUUACAACCAGAUGUUAGAUAUGGGAAUUUCCAAGUUUUAUUAACCACAUAUGAAUACGUUAUCCGUGAACGUCCGAUGUUAGCAAAAUUCCAUUAUUCACAUAUGAUUAUUGAUGAAGGUCAUAGAAUGAAAAAUUCUCAAUCUAAAUUAUCUCAAACUUUAAGAACCUAUUAUAAAACCAAAAAUAGAUUGAUCUUGACUGGUACUCCUUUGCAAAACAAUUUACCAGAAUUAUGGGCGUUGUUGAAUUUUGUUUUACCCGGGAUUUUUAACUCGGUGAAAUCUUUUGAUGAUUGGUUCAACACACCAUUUGCAAAUACUGGUGCUCAAGAAAAAAUAGAAUUAACUGAAGAAGAAUCAUUAUUGGUUAUUCGAAGAUUGCAUAAGGUUCUUAGACCAUUCCUUUUAAGAAGAUUGAAGAAAGAUGUGGAAAAAGAUUUACCCGAUAAAGUUGAAAAAGUUUUAAAAUGUAAUUUAUCAGGAUUACAAUAUGUAUUAUAUCAACAAAUGCUUAAACAUAAUGCAUUAUUUGUUGGAGCAGAUGUUGGAGGUGCCAAAAGUGGUAUUAAAGGGUUGAAUAAUAAAAUUAUGCAAUUACGAAAGAUCUGUAACCAUCCAUUCGUUUUUGAAGAAGUUGAAUCGGUGUUAAAUUCACUGAGACUUACCAAUGAUUUGAUUUGGAGAGUGAGUGGUAAGUUUGAAUUAUUGGAUAGAGUUUUACCUAAAUUUAAGAAAAGUGGACAUCGUGUAUUGAUGUUUUUCCAAAUGACACAAAUCAUGGAUAUUAUGGAAGAUUUUCUUAGAUGGAGAGACAUGAAAUAUUUACGUUUGGAUGGUUCAACCAAAGCAGAUGAACGUCAGGAUAUGUUAAAAGUUUUCAAUGCUCCAGAUUCUGAAUAUUUUUGUUUCUUAUUAUCGACUCGUGCUGGUGGGUUAGGUUUAAAUUUGCAAACUGCAGACACGGUUAUUAUUUUUGAUACUGAUUGGAAUCCUCAUCAAGAUUUGCAAGCUCAAGAUCGUGCUCAUAGAAUUGGUCAAAAGAAUGAGGUUCGUAUUUUACGAUUAAUUACCAAUGAUUCCGUAGAAGAAGUGAUAUUGGAAAGAGCUCAUCAGAAAUUAGAUAUAGAUGGUAAAGUUAUUCAAGCUGGUAAAUUUGAUAAUAAAUCAACAGCUGAAGAACAAGAAGCAUUUUUGAAACGUUUAUUGGAAGCCGAUGCUAAUGGAGCUGAUAAUGAAGAAAAUGAUUCGUUGGAUGAUGAUGAAUUGAAUGAAAUUUUAGCCCGUAGUGAAGAAGAAAAAAUGUUAUUCACGGCCAUGGAUGAAGAAAGAAAACUGCAACAAGUACCAUAUAAAUCUAGAUUAAUUGAGAAAGAUGAAUUACCAUCAGUUUUCACUGAAGAUAUAUCUCACCAUUUUGAGAAAAAAGAAAUAGAAUUAUCUAAAAUGAGAGAUAAGAAACGGGUUAGAUAUGAUGAUGGGUUAAGUGAAGAGCAAUGGUUAAAGGCAAUGGAUGAUGAUAAUGAUACUGUUGAAGAAGCCAUCAAACGUAAAGAAGCUCGUAUUGCCAAAAGAAAAAGAAAUAAGGCGAUUAGAGAAGGUUUAUUGGAAGAAGAUAUUAAAGAUGAUGAAGUUGGUGAAGAAGAUGAUGAGGACUUUGAAGUUGCUGCUCAACCUAGAAAACGUCAACGCCGUGCCAGAACCCCAUUACCACAUAUUGAUAACGAUAACGACGAUAUCAUUAAUGGAGACAAUGCUGUGGCAGAACUCGAAGAAGAAGAAGAAGACAAUGAUAAUAAUGAACCAGAAACUGAUGAAUUCACAAGUAAAUGUUUGAGUGUUAUUGACGAAAUAAUGGCAUUAACCGACGAAACAGGUAGUCGUAAUUUGUGUGAUGUUUUUAUUAAAUUCCCAUCACGUAAAUUAUACCCAGAUUAUUAUCUGAUUAUUAAAAAGCCAGUUUCAAUUACUAAUGUUAAGAAGUUAUUGAUGCAAGAUAGAUUUGCUUCUUUUGAAGAUUUUAUUGCUGAAUUGAAACAAAUGUGUGAUAAUGCAAAGACUUAUAAUGAAGAAGGUUCAUACAUACAUACUGAUGCUAUUGUUAUUGAGAAAUUACUUGAUGAAAAAUUAGCUAAUCAUAAUCAGGAAGUAUAA